AUGGUAUUUCAGCUAUGCAUUGUUAUGGUACCACGGACAUCUAACCUGUAUGCUCCUAUUAUGCUACUAGAAGGACACCAAGGAGAAAUAUUUACUGCAAAAUUUCAUCCUGAAGGCAAACACUUGGCUUCGGCAGGCUUUGACAGACAAAUUUUUCUAUGGAAUGUAUACGGCCAAUGCGAGAAUGUGAUGCUUAUGAACGGCCACACUGGUGCAGUAAUGGAGCUGUGCUUCUCCCCGGAUGGGUCUCACCUGUACAGCUGUGCUACAGAUAACACUGUUGCUGUGUGGGAUGUACCUACAGGUACCAGAGUAAAGAAAUUGAAGGGACAUGCCAAUUUUGUCAAUUCAGUAUCUGGUGCACGAAGAGGUCCAGAGCUUCUAGUCUCAGCAUCUGAUGACAACACAAUAAAACUAUGGGAUGCUCGUAAAAGAAAUCCUAUAGCCUCAUUUGACAGCUCGUACCCCGUGACCUCAGUCUUGUUCAACGACACUGCAGAGAAGAUCAUAUCAGGAGGCAUCGACAAUAUCAUUAAAGUCUGGGAUAUACGGAACAACCAAAUUGCUUAUAAAAUCAAAGGACAUACAGAUACGAUUACAGGCAUGGCUCUCUCGUACGACGGCUCGUACCUGCUGUCGAACGCGAUGGACAGCACGUUGCGCAUUUGGGACGUACGUCCUUUCGCGCCCUCUGAGCGCUGCGUCAAACUCAUGUCGGGCCAUCAGCACAACUUCGAGAAGAACCUGCUGAGGUGCGCCUGGUCGCCGGACGGGUCGAAGGUGGCAGCAGGUUCAUCGGACCGCUUCCUGUACAUCUGGGACACCACGUCACGGCGCGUGCUGUACAAGCUGCCGGGCCACAACGGCUCCGUCAACGACGUGGACUUUCACCGCAACGAGCCCAUCGUGCUCUCCGCCUCCAGCGACAAGCAGCUGUACUUGGGCGAAAUCGAGCACUAGCUGCUGGUACGAAGUGAAGACAAAAACAAACCUCACUAUCCGACGAUACUGAACACCUCAUGUGCUGAAACUAGUUUUUCCGCUAAGUGCCUUCCUUCCACUUGGGUGGAAUUGAGAGAUAUGUGGCAAAACCCAGAGCAGCAGUAGAACUCCUUGUAAAGAGUUCGUCCAGGGUAAUAAACCUUACCUAUUUCUGCCGCCAAGCAGUAAUGUCAGCAUUACUAUUCCGGUUUUGAAGGGUAAGG